AUGCUGAGGCCACGCUUUGAGUUCAAGGAGAAGAGUGAGAUCAAGGUGGGUGAUUGGAGUGGCCUAGAGCAGCGAGGACAAGUGCGGAAGGCAGCCACGACUCGCAAGGAUGGCAAUGGGGUGUGCCGUUUCUCAUGCCUGCAAGAACUUGUCCCAGCCGACACCGCUGCGAAGAUCUUGGAGUAUUUGAAGAAGAACCCGAAGCUCUUCUCUUCAGAGCCGGACUCGGUGGACAAGACGCCAACCUUCGAGUUCUACCCGUUUCGCGAUGGCGUGUGGAAAGAUCAAGAGCUGAGGGAGUUGCUGGAAGAGAUGUUGGAGGCUCGCAUCCUGACUUAUGUCAGGCAGCGUUACAACUGCCGCUUCUGCGCCGCCUCCGACGUCCUGGUGAGGCGCUACAUCCCUGGUGAACGUCGUAGCCACGCUGUGCAUUUCGACGGACACGCCUAUGUCACAGCAGUUUUGGGAAUCAGUGACCCUGAGAACUACCAGGGCGGUCUCUACAUUCAGCCCGACCCGGGCGUGGCGUCACGAACAUACUUUCGUAUCGAGCCGGGUGACUUGCUGGUGCAUUCCUUUGACCUUCAGCAUGGUGUUCACGUUUGGAAAGGGAUCAGAUACAGUUUAGUCUUUUGGAUCAAAGACUCGCUACAGGCUGUUCGUGAAGGCACUACACCUUGGUACCAUGGUCUGGCAGAGCAAGAUGACCCUGAUGCUUUGUACAACUUGGCUCAAAACUAUGAGUAUGGUCUUUUUGGCCAUCGAAAGGACAUCUCAAAGGCCAUCGAACUUUACGAGCGAAGCGCUCAAACUGGGCAUCACUUUGCUCAAAACAACUUGGCGCUUGUGUACCGGAGCCUCUGCCAGAAUACUACUGCUUCAGAGAGCCAGCAGUUACUGCAGAAGUCGGUGGAAUGGCUGCAAGCUGCUGCGAAGGCAGGCUUCGGCAUGGCGCAGAAGAACUUGGCGUUAGCAGGGCAUUCCCGGCGUCGUGCUGGGUUCCUGCUGGCAGCCUUUGGUGUGGCUGCGGCCUUCGCUGUGCCACUGACGCUGCGGCCGCUGCGGCGGACGGCGCUGUUGGGACUCGCGGUGGUGGCCGGGAGGCCUGUGGCAGCGGAGGGGCCAUCUGCAGAAGAUGCAGCUUUGCUACGACGAGCGUUUCAGGCCUUGGCCAAAGAUCCUUCCAGGCCAGGUGCCCGCGAUGAACUGGAAGAUGCCGAGGAGGCCUUGACGAAGGUCAUCGAAGACUUCGAUGCUGGUGCAGGACGCCAGGACCGUGGACGGAUUCGCAUGGCGCGGGCACAGGCACGCAUCGCAAUCAAUGACAGCACAGGUGGCAAGCUGCCAGAGAAGGCGGAGGCCGCGGUGGACGACUACACAGAGGUGGUGCGACUCAUGGAGGAAGAUCCCAGCGGCUCCGAAGGCACCUUCGAUUAUCCCAACGUCUUUGUUCGAAGGGCCUUGGCGGAGGAAGAAAUCGCGUACGGAAGACGGGAUCAGAAGCAAUGGGAAGCCGCUGUGAAGGACUACACCAAAGCCAUCGACAUUUGGCGUUCCAGACCUGUAUCUGAGACAGGACUGGGUGUGAACCCGUUGGUCUUGAACUUCCGUGGCAAUGCCUUGAGCCAACUGGGCCGCUUUCGUGAAGCCUUGCAAGACUAUCGCGAAGCCACUGAGAUCUUCCGGAAGGACAACGAAUACAGCCAGGCAGCUGUGUCUCGCUGCAAUGAAGCCUUAGCCUUGUUUGGUGCUGACGAAGCAUCGGAGGCCAUGGCCAUUUUGGAAGACGUCUCGAAGAGGGAUCCGAACAUUGCAGAUGCACGUGUCGCUCUUGCUGUGUCCUACUGGGUUUCAAGGGAUUAUUCCAGAGCCGAAGAUGAAUGGCGGGUGGCGUGUGAAAACACAGAUCUUGGCUGCAGAAGCUGGAUCGCUUCCUUCGCAGAGAGACCACUUGAGCAGAGCAGAUGGGAGCAGAUGGCAAUUACGGGAGCUUCAGGAGCGCGGCUGGCGGAGUGGCAUGGAGUGGCUGAGGCCUACACCAAUGGCCAAGGGCUUCGUCGUGAUGAUGCGCAAGCUGUGGUCUGGAUGAGACGUGCAGCAGAGCAACUUGAGGUGGAAGCAGCAUACUUGAUGGGUGAGCUGCACCGCCAAGGCCGAGGAGUUCAGCUGAGUGAAGCCGUCAAAUGGUAUCUUCGGAGUGCAGAAGCAGGUUUUCCCAAGGCUCAGUACACCCUGGGAAUGUUGUACUUGGAGGGAACAGGCCUACCACAAGACUCUCACAAAGCAGAGAUGUGGUUGAAUUUCGCUGCAAGACAAGGUCAUCCUGAGGCAAAGAAUAACAUUGCCACCAUGCACGCUCAGCGUGGUGAGGUGGAGGAGGCCCUCAAAAUCUGGGAAGACUUGGCUGAAAGUGGAGAACCCAAUGCCCAAUGCAACAUGGGCAUGGCUUAUCUUCGUGGAGCUGGGCGCCCACAUGAUGCAAGCCUGGCAGCUGAAUGGCUAGGUAAAGCUGCCGCUCAGGGUCACCAAAUGGCACUCCAGGCCUUGGCAGCAGUUGCUUGA